AUGGGUGGUGAUGGAAGUUUCGGGGAACGAGAUACUAUCUCGAGACGGGAUCUGCCGCACCUGAGCAGAUGUUUUGUCUCUACCACCGUGUUGGCACUGCUGAUGUGCCCUGAUCAUUUUCAUGCACUUGAAAGCGUGACGGUGCUAUAUACUGUACCGACUGUUGAGGGUGGUGGUGGUGGUGUUGUAAGGCCGUAUGGUCAGGGGUUGAUGGCACAGAGUGCACAGCUACCAUGGCCCUCAUUACUUCGCCUUCCAGAACCACUCAUAAUGACUUUCGGUUUGGUCUUCCUCUCUUGUUGGCAGUGGGGGAGUUAA